CAGAACGGAAGGCGAGUGGGCGUGUCAGAUCACGUGACACCGGGAGGGGGCGGUAUAAAAGCGUCUGCGCGCUCACGGUGUCUCUCCCUGAGUGUGUGUUGAGUGUGUGUACAUGCGAGCUGUGGGUCCGAGCUCGGCGGCGGUGUGGCUUUGAUCAGGCAGGAGGACAGAGACAGAGAAUGGCAGACCAGGCAUUCGUCACCUUGGCCACGAACGAUAAAUAUGCUAAAGGAGCAGUGGUGCUGGGGAAGUCCCUGAGGAACCAUAAGACCUCCAAGAAGCUAGUGGUGCUCAUCGGACCUCACGUGUCAGAACCGUCCAGGGCAGUGCUUCAGACGCUGUACGAUGAGGUCAGGCUGGUGGACGUGUUGGACAGUGGGGACACCGCACAUCUGGCCAUGAUGCAGAGACCAGACCUGGGAGUGACCUUUACUAAGCUCCACUGCUGGACACUCACGCACUACUCCAAAUGUGUGUUUAUGGAUGCAGACACUAUGGCAGUAGCGAACAUUGAUGAACUGUUUGACCGAGAGGAAUUAUCAGCGGCUCCGGAUCCCGGAUGGCCUGACUGCUUCAACUCGGGCGUGUUCGUCUUCUGCCCCUCCAACGAGACCUACGGAAAACUCCUUCAGUACUGUACAGAGCACGGCAGCUUUGAUGGUGGAGAUCAAGGCGUGCUCAACGGUUAUUUCAGCGACUGGGCGACAUCAGACAUCAGAAAACACCUCCCGUUUAUCUACAACAUGAGCAGCAUAGCGAUCUACACUUACCUUCCUGCAUUUAAACAGUACGGCUCAAACGCCAAAGUGGUGCACUUCCUUGGAAAGACGAAGCCAUGGAGCUACACCUACGACCCCAAUCAGAGAAGAGUGCAGGGAGAUGUGCAGGAGGCCUCGUCACACCCUGGCUAUCUCCUGGAGUGGUGGAGUCUUUACAGCAGCUGUGUGCUUCCCCUGAAGCAGCAGCAAGAACUGGCAGACCAGCCUAGUGAAUUCACAGUUCAGGAGGAGUUUCAGCCUCAGGCUCUUCCUGGUCUGCCUCCUCUCUCCUCAGCAGAGCGUAAACAGCGCUGGGAACAGGGCCAAGCUGACUACAUGGGAAUGGACUCUUUCGACAACAUCGAGAAAAAGCUUUCUGCCUUCCUGAAAUAGUGUGAAGCGUGGUCCGGGGAGAGACGUCCUACAAGGGCUCCUUUACGUUAUUAUUAUUUUUUUUUUUUUUAGAGUGAUGUUUUGAAAUGUGAGCGUAGAUACCAUGGCUACAGUGCCACCCUGCCUGGUUUUCCUUCAGCUAUGCAGAACUGUCACUGCAGCGUGCCAACCAACCUCACCACCCGUUUUCUUUUCUUAAAACUUUUCUACACUGUGAAACUGCUAUUCAUUUCGCCACGUGCUGUUCACCAAAAAACUCUUCGUUUGUAUUCCAGAUUGUCAUGUUUUAUAAGCAAAGCAGAGUUCCACUGUCGUAUACACAGAGGAGGUGAUUCUACAACAGCACAGAUUUCCAUAAGUGUACAUGUUUCACCUUCACCAGUGAGCAGUCUUCAAAUCUGUCCACGCCGAUCACAUGACUCGCUUAGUAGUGACCUGCUCAAGCACUUUUGUUUUUUUGUGUUUAUUUAAGCACUUAGAUUUGAACAUAGGCUCUUUUUUUUGCUUGGUUGUAAACUGUUGCCUUGGUAUUGCCCUGAAAGUUUACAGUCGAUCACAGUAAAUCAGUGUUCAUGAAGUCUAUAGUUCUGCGCAAUUCAAUCAUGAAGUCAAUCAGCCACUGUCUACAUAACCUGAGGUAAACGUGCUUUACCUCUUCUGAAGCUGUCUUCUGUCUCUCAUUAGCGAGUGUCUUACAUUUUCAUCUGCACAAUAAACAUUUGUGAGAUUAAA